GCUGCUCUGCUCGUCUUUCAAUUAAUCUCCCUUGCGCAGCCCAGAAUAGUCGAUCUGGGGGAUGGGAACGUUUGUACGGGCUGGGAAAAAAUGGCAUCUUCUGAGCAACCUGAACCGCAGACACAGACCGGCUCUCCCAUCAGAGACGAUGCUCCCCCCAGAGAGGCGCUGAUCGCCACGGCGGUGAAAUUCUUACAGAACGGCAAAGUCCGCCAGAGUCCCUUGGCAACCCGAAGAGCCUUCCUGAAGAAGAAAGGUCUGACGGAUGAGGAGGUAGAGUUGGCCAUCCAGCGUUCGGGCAGCACAGAGGAGCCCCUGGCCCUGGCCCCGGCCCCUGCGGGCCCCUCACACAUCCUCCACCCCCCUCAGCUGGCCCCCGUCCCCUACAGUGCUCCAGGGUACCGGUGGCGGGACUAUGGGGCCCUGGCCAUCAUCAUGACGGGCAUGGCGGUCGGCUUCCAUCACCUGUACCGGAAAUACAUCGUGCCCCUGGUUGUGGGGAGCCGGGAGGACGGAGAGAAGCUGCACAGGAUGGAGGGCCACAUGGCAGAGAUGAGUGGCACCCUGACGCAGACAGUCACGCAGCUGCAGAUGACGCUGGCCUCGGUGCAGGAGCUGCUGGUGCAGCAGCAGCAGAGGAUACAGGAGCUCUCCCACGAGCUGGCGUCCUCUCAGGGCUCCUCCUCAGCUGGUCGUAUGCUGGAGUCUCAGGCCCUGAGUGAACUGAAGGCAGAGAUGGUGUCCCUGAAGGGUCUGCUGCUGAGCAGGAGGCAGUUUCCCGCGUCGCCCUCCGUCCCCAAGAUCCCGUCCUGGCAGAUCCCCCUGAAGCCCGCCACGCUGGCCAGCUCUCCCUCGGCCAAUCACAACAACAGCAGCAGCGACAUCUCGCCCGUCAGCAACGAGUCGGCCUCCUCCUCGCCCAUCAAGGAGGGCCUCAGCCCCCAGGGCCCGCCGGCCUCGGCCCUCUGCCUGAACGGGGAGGGCGGCCUGGGGCCCGCGCUGCCCCUGGACUUGAAGGACCAGGUGCGGAUGGAGGUGCAGGGCGAGGAGGAGAAGAAGGAGGAAGAGGAGGAUGAGGAGGAGGAGGAAGAGGAGGACGAAGACGACGACGACGACGUCAGCCACGUGGACGAGGAGGAGCACCUGAGCGUCCAGACGGAGGACCGUCGGGGGGGCGACGGACAGAUCAACGAGCACGUGGACAAACUGCGGCGUCCGGAGGGAGCGGCCAAUGAGAGCGAGCUCGACACAGGAAGCCCUGGGGCGAUGUUUCCAGCAGAGCGAGGCAGAGCAGAGGCCCCGGGACGGCUGACGGAUGUGCAGGCUGCCGUUUGCCCGGUAUGUGUGGAGAGGCCGAGGCGAACGCCGUGUUUGCGGGCUCCGGUCUGCAGUGUGGCAGAGUGAAAGCAGGCCUCCUUCAGCUCCACAUUCUCCCUCUCCAGCCGAGCUGCUGAUUCGCUUUAUGAAGUAUGUUAAUAAUCAAAUGAUCAACAAAUAACAGAUGUAUUAGUUCAUGCGGCUUGAAAUGUCAAGGAGGCUAAAAUCGGAAAUCUAAUACCAAAACCCUGUUAUAUUAUAUUAUAUUACAUGACAAACCCUCCAGUCCAAAUUAUAUAGGCCUCCUACAGUGAGAAAUCUUAUCAUGAAAUGACACCGAGGUUUUGUAAUUAAACCGUGUAAAACAAUGGAGGUUGCAGUGGAGCCUGGUGACAGUCGUGCCCGUGACUGCGAAAUGGGGGGCGGGGAACGGAAGACGGAUGCCCCUUAAUGUAAACGGGCCAGUAACGUAUGAAUACUUAACUAAUGAAAUUACUCAUUCAUCCAGCUGAAGUCCCUGGAGUGAGAGCGACUGUGCAGUUUGCAGUCCUGUCACAGAGCUUUCCGCAAAAUGUCUCCCGGCCUGACUCCUCUGAGUGAACCACCACCAACUGACGGGCUGGGCCAGACGUCGUCUGUAUUUAGGUUUAUUUUUUAUUUUUUAUUAACCUCACCUCAGUUACCUUAAUAAUAAUGAUGAUAAUAAUACAUGUUCAGAAUGGUUAUACAGUGAUGCCUCAUGUUUUAUUUUUUUUAAUGGACGGUUAUUAACAUGAAUAUAGUCAGUGACAUGGAUUAGCAGACCCUGAGGGCCGUACCUGAGAGACUGGGACCAGUAUGAACCAGUGUGUGCUGUAGGGACAGAGGAGAGCGGUGUGAUUGACAGUUACACGGACAGG